AUGGUUUCUAUGACAGGUAUCCUUCUAUGUUCCAAGAAUUUAAUUUUGUUUUUGUAAUUUGUAAAUGAUAAAUAAGAUGUUAUGAAUACCAAAGUAGUGCAUUGUUAAUUGAACUUCCGUUCAAUCUCAUAUUAUUCUUAGAAGAAUAUCAAUAUCAAUAUACAAUGGUCAUAUACACUAUUUAUGUUGUCUCCAAAUCUGGUGGUUUAAUAUUCAAUCAUGAUCACACUAUUUCUAAAAUAGAAAAUGAGAAAACAUUUUCAUAUCCUCUAGAUUUAAAAUUGAAGUAUGAAAAUAAAAGAAUCAUAGUUGAAUUUGGUCAAAGAGAUGGUAUUCGUCCAGGCCAUGUGUUAUAUGCUGUUAAUGGAAAAGAAGUCACCAACUGCCAAAUUGAUGAUGGACAGGAUGUGUUUGAAGUAUUAGAAAAUAAAGACCAAUAUCCCUUAACUCUCAAAUUCGGAAGGCCAAAAAUGACAACAAAUGAGAAGAUAUUUCUUGCUAGCAUGUUUUAUCCUCUUUUUGCUAUAGCCAGCCAGUUAAGCCCUGAACCCAAAUGUUCAGGAAUAGAAAUAUUAGAAGCUGAUACAUUCAAGCUUUACUGUUUUCAGACUUUGACUGGUGUAAAGAUGAUGGCAGUUGCCGAUAAGAAUCAGAGCGGUGUGGAGCUGUUAUUAAAAAAAAUUUAUGAGUUGUAUGCUGAUUAUGCUUUGAAAAAUCCCUUCUAUUCCUUAGAGAUGCCAAUUAGAUGUGAAUUGUUUGAAACGAAUUUAAAAAGUGUAUUAGAUGUUGUUGAGAAGUCUGGUGUUUCAAGCAUAUGAAAAAUUGAUAUUAAAACCAAUAUUAAGAUUUUAAUAGCUAUUCAAACAGAUGAAUAUAAUAAUUGUAACCAUAUUGUAUAAAAAUAUUUAUUGAAAACAAAAAUAUAAGAAUUUCUAUCAA